CCGCAAAGAGAGAUUCCUCUCAUGUAAAAUGCUUUCUUAUAUCUCAUACAGCGUACUUAGGAAAAAGCCAGAACUCGGCCAUGUUCUCCAGUGAGACUCUGAAGCAUCUUUAUCGAGGUUCAUAGCAACCUCAAAUGAUGAACAGCAGCAAGAAUGGCACAGCGGUGGGAAGUGAGUAUGCCAGAGGGACUGUGGUGCUGGAAUCAACCUCCAUCAUAGUGAUUGGUUUGCUUAUCUGUUUGGGAAACCUGAUAAUUGUGGUGACACUUUAUAAGAAGCCCUACCUGCUAACACCUAGCAACAAGUUUGUGUUCAGUCUGACAUUGUCCAACCUACUGCUGUCUGUGCUGACACUGCCCUUUGUGGCUGCCAGUUCAGUUCAAAGAGAAUGGAUGUUUGGGGUGGUGUGGUGUAACUUUACAGCUUUGCUUUAUCUGCUGGUUAGCUCAGCCAGCAUGCUUACACUAGGUGCCAUUGCCAUUGACAGGUAUUAUGCUGUUUUGUACCCCAUGAUCUACCCCAUGAAAAUAACAGGAAACCGGGCUGCAGUGGCUAUUGUUUACAUAUGGCUUCACUCCUUGGUGGGCUGCCUGCCCCCACUCUUUGGUUGGUCAACGUUCGAGUUUGAUCAGUUUAAAUGGACAUGCACGGCAGCCUGGCACAAAGAAAUGAGCUUUACUGCUUUCUGGGUCACAUGGUGCUGCUUACUUCCACUGGCAGUCAUGUUGGUGUGCUACAGUGUUAUAUUUCGUGUAGCUCGAAUCAAAGCACGUAAAGUGUACUGUGGGACGGUGGUGGUUGCCCAGGAGGAGUCUAACAUGCAGAAGAAUGGUCGCAAGAACUCAAGUACUUCCACCUCAUCUAGUGGUAGCCGCAAGAGUCUUGUCUACUCUGGAAACCAGUGCAAGGCUUUGAUAACUAUUCUGGUGGUGAUAGGGACAUUUCUCACCACCUGGGGGCCCUAUGUGGUGGUAAUAGGAACUGAGGCACUGUGGGGGAAGGGAAGUGUUUCUCCACAGCUGGAGACUCUGGCGUCCUGGCUGUCUUUUUCCAGUGCAGCAUGUCACCCAUUGAUUUAUGGCCUAUGGAAUAAAACCGUUCGCAAGGAGCUGUUGGGUAUGUGCUUUGGAGACCGGUACUACAGAGAGUCAUUUGUUACACGUCACAGGGCAUCACGACUUUUCAGCAUCUCCAACCGGAUUACAGAUCUGGGAAUGUCUCCUCACCUGACGGCCAUGCUGGUGGGAGGAGGACAACUCUUAGGUCGUAGCAGCAGCACAGGAGACACCGGGUUUAGUUACACUCAGGAUUCUGCUACAGAUGUCAUGAUACUAGAUAAUCCUUCAGAUGUCUCUAACUCUACACACUACAGCGGCUUUAAAAGAAGAUGUUCUGUCGCAUUUGAGGACCAAGUGGAGCAACCCCGCAAAUGUGACUUUGCAACAGUUCAAGCCACUGCAGAAAUCCAUAAUUCUCUGGACAACUUCGCAUCUUGUCUUGCAACAGUCAUAGAAAAUGAAGCAAAAAUUCAGCUUUUUGGUGAAAACACGCCAAUACCAAAUAACUUAUUCAUAGUAUGCCACACACAACGAGGACCACACUACCUAAAUGGACAGAGACUCCGGAUGGAGAGUAUCGAUGAGGGAAUUGUUAAAGAUGAUGAACAAGGACAUCUCCUUGUUCAUUCUCCUUAGGAGAAUGUCAAUGAAUCUACUUAGUUCUGUGGUUCUCAACCUUUAUUUCAGCUGGGUCCUAAUUUUUGCCAGACAUCACGCUUGUGGACAGCAUACAUGCAUUAAUAUAUAUGAACCAAAGUAUUACACUAUAAAAAUACAAACCUCCAUGUGUUGCAGGUUAAAAUGGACAAUAGCCCUGGCCUAGGCUUUUUUAUUUACUGCACUUUAGGUACAGAUUAGAGCUGAAAUGUAAAUUGCUGCCUAAUGAUACCCAAUCAUGAUGCUGGUUAAAUAUAAAUGGUGCUAAGUAUUCAUGUCAGUUAAUAACACAGGAACACUGGCCUCAGCAAGUAUUCAGACACCUUUUUGCACAUUUAAUUGUGUUGUGGAUUUGAAUAAUUACUAGCUAUUCGUACACAGCCUAUAUUUAAUUAUGUGAAAGUUAUAGGUUUCAAAAAUUAAAAGAAAAAAAAAUUCCAUACCCUUGAGUGUUCUAAGGACAACAGUCCUUUUGCACCAAGGAGUUUGUGAAUCUGAUUUUGAACAGUUUGGUGCAUUAAAAAAAAAAAAAAAGAUAAUCACACAGGGUAUGUUUGUUUUCAGUUGGACCCGGUGACGAUGCGUGUGUCAAGUUCUAGAGGAAAGGGAUCUCUUCUUAUCACAAAUAGUUGAUACAUAAUUGCUUUUUGGAUAAAAAAAAACCCCAUCUGUAACGAUAGUACAAAUGCUCGCAGCAGCUUGUUACUACUGUUUACUUUCACUGUGCGUUGUGCAGCACCCUUUAUAGAUGACGCAUAAAAACUGGUGCAAAUGCAGGCUUUAAGAAGCCUGAAUGGAAUCCAGAGUUAUUUUGGUCAAAAAGGGCUAACAGUGGCCUUAAUAAUAUAGUUGGCCAACUGGCCAAAUUGGGCAUCUGGGCUAAACGUUUCAGCUUCAAAAGUUAUGUGCAGAUAUGGGAGAAUCUGUUGGCUGUAUAACCAUCUCUGCAUCACUUCAUAAAUCAAGCCCUUUUAUUGCAGGGUGGCAAGCAGGUGUUCUCCCAUAGUCCAAAGACAUAUUAAUUAGGUAUACUAAAGAUACAGAAUUGCCUGUGAUGGUGUCUGACAUUAAGCUUGAACUGAUAAAUCAUGUGUAACCUAAAUAUCUGUCCUGUCAUAAUUGUAACCAGAAGUGUAAAGUAAACAUCUAGUAAACAUCCACAACACAACUAAUUAUGCUAAUAUUUAAGGGUUUUCAAUGCUUUUUUUAAUCCACUGUAGAGGUAUAUAUAAUUCUGAGAUAUAAACCUUUAAAAUGCUUACCCUUUAAAAUCUGUUUCAUGGAGUUUUUUCAUAAGGAAGCCAUAAUCACUGUAUUAAGAACCUUUGUUGUCUGUGUGGAAUAAUCAUUUUUACUGAGUAGACUCGGUAGAUUCCAAUUCCAAGUUAAUCCUAAAUAUAUGGUUUAAGGCAUUUGAAAGAUGGUACAUUUUGCUACAUUUUUAAAUGAAAUAGAAAAUAAAUAAAUGCCUGGUUGAAUGUUAA